AUGUCGAUACACGAUGUCUCCCACGAAUCGGCCUGCAUAUUCAUUGCACGAAGUCAGUAUCCGACUAUGGACAACGACUGGAUGACGACGGAUGACGAUGGUGUGCCGACAAAAUCGGCGGCACGUCUUGCUUCAAGGCAGGCUGGUCAUGCCAGCACAGGCGGAUCCUUCGAAACGCUCGGCUCCAUUUCCGUCAUCCAGGAAGCCAACAACGUCGCCCAAGACACAACAACCUCACAGUCUGAUCUCGUCAGGUGGAGACGCACGCAUAAGUACGAGCACAAUCAGAAACGAAACCGCACCGCCGAAACCGCCGCCAGUAGCCUCCUCACGAGCACCACGCCCAGCCAUGACGAAAAGCAAAAUCAUGAGCGAGCACUGCAGAAAGAGACUCGAUCUCGUUGCGUAGUCCAACAAAGCGCACCGACCGCCGACGCGCAGCAUGCUACAACUACUGUCAUUAAGCCUUCUACGAGCACGGUUAUCCGCUAG